UGAUUUCUCAAGAUAUUAAACCUAAGGUCAAUUUUGCUGCUUUUAACAGUUUUUAAGAUAUUUCCAUGUAUGCGAAUAUUUUUAAUGAAUAGGCAAUCAAAAAAUAUGAUAAUAAUUUAUUUUAUUUUUUAUUAAAUUUUACAUCACACAGAAAUAACCGACCCCCGCAAGUUUUAAAUUUCCCGCUACCAAACACGUUGAUCCCCCACCUAUUGCUGCAAAGGCAAACAUGACAAACAGCUGACUAGUUUCAAGAGAACCAUCGAACUGUCAACAUAUAAUAACAAAGUGGGCUGUACAGGUUCAUUGUCCAACAAAAACUCUAUUUUCUCAAUCAGAAUGUGCGCUAAAAGAUUAAAGAACUUUGGUAAUAGUGCAGUUAUAUAGCAUAGAGAGAAUUCGUGAGGAGAACGGACUGCAACCCAAAGGUACAUUGUUAAAUUAUUCAUAAAUCAACAUGCAUAGUUCAAGUUUCGAUACAGAGGAAAGUACUAAAGAUGGGGGCGAAGUUCUUGUAAGCAUCGCCGCGCUUGUUACAGAAGGACGCAUUCCGGGCAAACUCGACUCCAAAUCGAAGAAAUUCUACGAGGGACCCCAUUGCAACCGCAACAAACCGAAUCCCGAGGAACACACCUGCGACUUGACGGACUCAUUGUGUAAGAAGUUUAAAACCAAUAAGGAAAUCGUUCUUAAUUUUUGGAAUAAAAAUCAACCACUUUGCAUUGAAGUUGCUCUAAAUUGUGAUUGUAAAGAAGAAAAGGAAUCAUCUGAUACGGACAUUCUUUUAGAGAAGUGGUACUUUAAAACAAACGGAAAUAGGACACCCGGCUCGUUGUUCUUCAAUGCCCAACAGCUGACCAGCGCGAUCCGAUCGCAGCUCUAUUUCUCCCAAAUCGCCGCUUGGCUUACCACCCAAGACGAAUCCACUCCUUGCAAGAUCGAUCGCUCUAACCUGACCUACCGUCUUGGAAAGCCCAGAGAAGUAAUCACCGCCUCAUCGUCUCAGUUCUCGUUGCCGCCAGUCAAACAUGAGUUCCCUCUAACGGACCUAGGAUCCGGAGACACGUUGAGUGUCACGUUUUUGAGCUUGCCUAGGAUGUCGUCGGUGCCUAACUUCAAAUGCGCUCAGUGUUUGCCUCAGGAAAACGCGUACGAGAUUUACGACAUUGUUGAUGACAGGAUGCAUACGUCGUGCACUUUGAAGGGCAAGCACAGAUGCGAAGAUCUAGAGGAGUUCGAGAGUGGAGCAAUUGAGCAAAAAGUCAUCAACCACAAGAGAUUGUGCCAGAUUACAAAGAAGCCAGGUAACCAGAUUCCGGCCAAUUCAGAACCAUCCACAUCCAGCCAACAGAACAAGCUCAGAAUCGACAUCGAGAAAGCAAAUACGUACGAACCGGAUAACCACAAGCACGAGAAGAGGAAUAUCAGUCCAGAGGAGGAGAAGAAGUCGAAGAGCGCCAAAUUGGAAAGCGAUCUAUGCAGAAGGGGCGGAGGCGGUGGAGGCGUUGAGGGCUGUCAAAUAUGUAGCAACGGGGCGGUGCAAUGGACCAUGGUACAAAAGAAUGAUCUCAAUCCAAAAAACAAGGGUCAGCUGCUAUUGGAGGCCAUAGAGCGUAGUGGAAGAAAGAACGACGGUCCCGGGGACUGCUGCAGCUCCAGUCCCGACGACGGGACCGUCAAGAAGGACAAAGUGGAGGAGCGAUUGAAGGGCGAUGAAUCUGACCAACAGAUAUCCGCCAAUGAUUGCAGUGCGAGUGUUGGUGAUAAUGCUAAAUGUGAUAUGAGCGCAAGUGAUAUUUUUAGUAUUAAGGGAGCGAAAUAUUUUAACAUAUAUGUAGACAAACAUUGUGAUAUUCCUAUUCCGAGGGGCAGAUCGGCCAAGCCCAGAGACGUGUCGAACGUGCACGCUUCCCGAGCUUUGGGGCGUAAGAUUCAGGCCAAGCAAAAGAUCACAUUCGAUGACUACGACCCCGUCAACGACGAGGAGAACAAACAAAACGAUAAAGCUAAGGAACUGAACGCGGCUGUCGAUAUUCCGUCGCCACUAGAACAGGCCAAAUUCAGGAAGAAUUUAGACAAUGCGGCCAACAUGGUGUUCCAUUCCAGGACUGGGCUACCACUAACCAGCAGUCCGGCACCAGUGAGAAGGGGCAAGACCUGUUUUGAUUUUGAUUCCACCAUCAAUUCCGUUUCAGCAAUAAAAAGUGCGUUGUUCUCGAGUAGUUUUUCAACGGAUGAAGAGAGCGAGAGCGACGGUAGCAUCGUUUCGCCAUGCAGCCCGGAACUGUUCCAGAGCGAGAGCCGGCAACAGACGGUCGCACCCAUCAAGUACCGUCGCAAGGGACACGCCGCUAACUUGUUAGGGAGUUUCGAGGAGUCUGUCCUGAAUGGACGCCUAGAGCCAGUGUCGACCGUCCACGGAUUCAGAGCGGAGCUGGGUGCAAGUGGUUCAUUUGUACCCAAACAUCUGAUUGUACCCGUCACCGUAUUUUUCUACACCCUCGGUGACAACGAUAAAGUAUCGACUCCAUAUCUUGGUCACAUCAAUUUGGGAAAGAAGGGAUACAAUGUGCCUAAAUCCGGGACGGUACAAGUAACAUUGUUCAACCCAUUGGGAACCGUGGUGAAGAUGUUCGUGAUCAUGUACGAUCUCACUGAUAUGCCACCCAAUUCCCAAACCUUCAUUAGGCAACGCACAUUGUAUAUGCCCACCAAUUGCAAAGAUGAAAACCUUGAAUGGGGUCCCAAGUGGCUGAGAUAUCUCAUACAUUUAAGAUUUAUGAGUUCGAAGUCCGGCAAAAUCUAUCUGCAUAGUGACAUCCGCAUGAUUAUAUUCCGCAAGAGCGACAUGGAUACGGCGACGGCACAUGGCAUCGACAUGAGUUACGAACUUCGCAGCUUCACACAUAUGCCCAGCAAUCCACGUUUCUCGCCCAGGAAGUAACCAGAAGCCGGGAUGAAUAUGGGUGGUGUUGCCACUGCAGCCAGGAGGCCGACCGUCGCCCCGUCCACUGUCUACAAUCACUUUUGCUGUUUCCUGCUUAGCUGUUUCGUGCAGAGGUGAAGAGCACUCAACUUAGUUAGGGCGGGCUGUCCGGCCGGCGCUGUAUGGGGCAUAUAGACAAGAGUUUGGCAUUUUGAAGUGUGUAGAGGAAAAAGAUUAGUUUAGAGCGUGGAUUGAUUGCGGUUUGAGUUUGGUUGAGAAUUUUUGGGGCAACGGAUUUGGUACUUGCUCACGGUAUUAGCAAAUAGAUUAAAAUUUGUUUACUUUGAUUCUUGGUUUAGUGUUUGAAAUUAUUGUCUAUGGACAGAUAUUAUUUUAUAUAUUUUUUUUAAAGUUAUUUGUAUUUUUUCAGUUUUGUUUUUCUUUUCAGUAUUUCUAAUAUAUUACAUGAAAUUAUUGCCAUGGUUUUAUUAAAACUGAAAUGUUUUAAAAUAUGUAUACCACAAAUUUAUACUUUUAUUCAUUAACUAGGAAAUGAGGCAUUUCCAAUUUUUAUUUUAAUUUCAUUCCCCUUUUCUCAGUCGUCAAAUUUCAUAACUUUCAUGUUGCACAAAAAAGUGUGCGAAUCAUUUUGAUGUAAUAGUGUUGCUGUUUAUUUAUACAGGGUGUUCUUAAAAUGUAUUCCCUUAAAAUAUAAAAUGAAUUCUUAUGUCAACUGAUGUAAAAAUUAAACAAAAAAUAAGAAAUAUUAAAUUAAUUUAUUUAUUAUUGCUACCUGCACAUCACGGAUAUGUCAAUCUAGAAACGGCCAAUUGAAAAUAAAAAAAAAACACAUUUUUGAAUACCCUGUAUAUGUUCAAUGGCAUGAGUCCAAUUGGCGAAUGAAAUUACUUUUUAAUGUAUGUAAAAUGUUAAACUGUGAAAACUUUAAACUUUGCAUUCUGUAACAAUUAAAGGGAACAGUGAAUGAUAUGUUUAUGCUGGUGUCAUAAAACGUUAUUAAUAAAAUAUUUUCAAUGAAAGGAGUUACUUACAAGUUUUUUCCAAUUAUAUUUACACACAUUCAUUCACUUGAACCUUAAUUUAUUUAUUUAUAAAAAGUUUUAUUGAUGUUCGGACUAAUACCCAAUUUUAUUAUAAUAAAACAGGGCCGUACUUAAAUCAUCCCCAAUAACCCCAAUCGUAUUAGAUGUCACUUAAGAGUUAAUAAUCACUAUAGAGACGCUGUUUGCUGUUGUACACUGUUUCAUAUUCCCACCAUUUCAGACUAGAAUGCUUAGAUUGGACAGCCCAAAUUUCGAUGUUACGAAUAGAUGUUGCCUAAAGAGGUGAAUAAAUCAGGUAUCAGUAUAGAAAAUUUAAAAGGAAUAGGACCUUUUUAAUUGUACAAUAAAUUAUUUUGGUUUUA